GGGAUUAGUUACUGAGUGAGCCGAGCAAUGGCCAGUCCUGCAUCGUUCUGAGAGAACAGAGAUCAGACAGGAACCGUGAUGUCCCGAAAUGAUACAUGGAGCACAAUCCUUCUUCUUUCUUGUUUUCUACAGGCCGGCCUGGUCUUUGGUACUCUUCGCUCCUUUGGAGUUUUUUUCCCUGAACUUGUGGUCUACUUUGAUUCUGCCUCCAGCAGCGUGUCCUGGGUGACUUCAUGUGGGGUUGCAGUGCAACAGCUAAUGAGUCCCCUGGGCUGUGCACUCUCUUCCCGGUUUGGUUUUCGACCUGUUAUCGUAUUAGGGGGCCUUCUCGCUUCUCUGGGGAUGUUUUGUGCCUCCUUCGCCAAGAGCCUAUACCAGCUUUAUCUGUGCAUCGGGGUAAUGUCGGGACUCGGUUGGGCAUUUAUAUUUUCUCCUUCGAUGGCUGCUGUCACCCAGUACUUUUCUCGUCGGCGAUCCCUGGCUACAGGCUUUGUUCUGACAGGAGUUGGUACCCUCUCCUUUGCCCUAAGCCCCCUGUUGCAGUACCUGAUUGAGAUGUUCUCCUGGAGGGGGGCAAUGCUUUUGUUAUCAGGACUUGCUCUUCAUUCCGUGCCAUGUGGAGCUCUCCUUCGAUGUGCAUCUUGGGAGACACCUGGAGAAACACGGGAGUUUUUAUGGGGUUGGGAGCUACUUGGUAAUUGGCCCUUCCUGCGAUAUUGCCUGGCAGUCACCCUUAUCAACGCUGGCUACUUUGUGCCCUAUGCCCACCUUGUAGCUCACAUGCAGGCAAAAGGAGCUGGUGAGCGUCCGGCAGCUUUGAUCAUGUCCCUAGUUGGAGUGGCAGAUGUUGUUGGAAGACUGUUUGCUGGCUGGUUAUCUGAUCUCAUACCUAAACGCAUACUGCUCCUUCUCAGCAUGUGGACAGGUGUUACAGCUGUGGUCCAAGCUCUCCUCCCAUUAGCCAAUGGACUCGUGGAGAUGGGAGUUGCUGCAGUGGCAUUUGGCUUUUGUGCUGGCGCUCUCACGCCUGGGGUCUUCUCUGCCCUUCCAGGAGUUGUAGGAGAGAAGAAAGUCUUACCUGCCCUUGGACUACUACAAAUGGUGGAGAGUGUUGGAGGUCUGGUGGGAGCUCCAAUAUCAGGCUGGCUGCGUGACUGGACUGGUAAUUUCUCUCUCUCCUUUGCCAUCUCUGGAUCAUUCCUUCUUAUGGGUUCUCUCAUACUUAUCACUCUGCCUGGAUUCUGCUUUAGGAACUGGCUUGAUACUGACCAAACAAAUAAUUUAAAAAACUUACCAACUAGUAACAGUAUGAACAAAUCCCGUAGCAUGAGCAUGACUAGCAAAGACCGGGACUCAUCCGACUGUCCCAAAUGGGCCAUGAUAACGACUAGCAAAGACUUGGAGUCAUCCAACUGUACUGAGCGGGCCAUAACUAGGACUAACAUGGACUGUAAUUCUCCUGACUGUACCGAGCGGGCCAUAACUAGUACUAGCAAAGACCGUAAUUCACUUUACUGUACUGAGCAGGCCAUAACUAGGACUAGCAAAGACUGGAACUCCCCUGACUGUACUAAGCGGUCCAUAACUAGGACUAGCACAGAAUGGAAUUCCCCUGACUGUACCGAGGGGGCCAUAACUAGGACUACCACGGACCAGUACUCUCCUGACUGUACCAAGCGGGCCAUAACUAGGACUAGCAAAGACUGUAACUCACCUGACUGUACCGAGCGUACCAUAAGCAAGACGGAGAAGGAUCUUUCUUCUGAUGGUAUAGUGAUCACUAUGAGCAGCAUGGAGAAAGAUCUAAACCCACCUGAUUCUACAGUAGAGACGAUGAGCAGGACAGACAAGAUCAUGAGCCGAAGAGAUUCUACUGACCACGCUAUGAACAGAACAAUUAAGGAUCUGCUGCCAAGUCCUUCUACUGAGCAAUUUAAGAGCUGGACCGACGACAACCUUACUCCAAAUGAGUGUACCUGCCUUCUAAACAACAGGACAAUUAUGACAAUAUUUUCACAGACAGACACAUCUAUUGAAAUACAUAACCAUGGUUUAAUUCAAUGCUCUUUGACUGCAUAAUAUUAAUGAUUAGUAAAAUAUGUUAAGUGAAGGAAAGUAAUUUUAUU